AUGGCAGUUAGAUAGAUAGAUAUAUUGAUUUAAUCUGAAUGUCGUCUGCUAUAUAUUGGUUUUGUCUGUAGUGAAGCGUGAUGUUCUUGGCACUUUUAUGGAUACGUGUGUAAACUUUCCGAAAAUUUCUAGAUUUCAAAUCGUCUUAAGAACAGAUAUUUUCCGAAGAUUGACGUUGGGUGCCCCAGAAACAUGGAUAAAGGGAAUCUGGGCCCCCAACUUUAGGGGCUUUCCGGGAUAGUUCGAGUUCUAUGAUUGGCUUGAGUGGCGGGUCUAUAGAUGAAGCUCACGUGUUAGUUGAAUAUAGACUAUGACUAUGCAGUGACGGUAGAGAAACGGCAGAGACGAGAAGCUAAAAUCUGACCGCUCAAGCACAACAAACAUUGCUUCACUGACCGCCAGGAACAUAGCAAUGAUGUUCGAGCAUAUUUAUGGCGUCGCCUCAUUUAUCGUGAUGCUGAUCGUACUGCUCUGUAUUUUCAAAAUGUACUUGGCUCUAAAAGCAACCUACCGUGAGCACAGAGCCUUCCUCUUAGAGAGCGCGACAAGGGAAGAACAACAAAGAGUAAACAGAGGACAGAGAGAACUUGAAGAGGAUAGAAGGAGCAAUGCAGAAGAAGAAAGACCAAUAGGGUUCGCUCGUCGACGUCUCCUAGUGCAACAUGAU